CAAACUUCGUGGCAAACUUAAUAAACCCUGUUCAGAAUAAAAAAAUCUCAGCAACACUGACAGACUUUAAAAUGUUAUGAACCAGACGUCUAAAUCAUUAGCAAGAGCAAAAAUUUCGUAAAAGAAUGAAAUAAUGAUAUCGAUAGCAGUAAAAACGGUAUGUAUACUUGAGUCAGCUGACCGAAUUGUAAGCCAAAUAUUUGUGCCAACUAAAACGUGCUAAAAUAAAACUGACAAGUCAUCCAAAUUAAGCAAUGCCAAGAUAUACAUAUGUCUGUAUACCAUAUAUCUAUAUAAAAUAUGUAAAAUUCAAUAUUUAAAUAAAUUAAAGCCAGUAUCAAAUAUUGAAAUACAACUGAUAACGUUAAUGGGGUAUUCACACAACUAAAAUUUGUAAAAAAAAAUGGUAUUUAUUCGCAACUUAGCUGACGAUUUGUAGACUUCCUGGGACUAACAGCAGAGAGCUUAUUUCAACGUACGAAAAUUACUAUCGACGCUGAUUUUAUCGAUACAAACAUAUAAACUGAUACUAACACAUAAUUGGCACAUAAUGGAUAAACAUGAUUAGUUUUGUGAUUAUAAACGCACAAUAAUAACAAUGUGUCACAUGUUGUGAAUACCCCUAUUAAAUUUUGAAGAUAUCACUUCGAGAAGAGCUAUAAAACGCCAUUACGGACAACAUAAGAUUUCAGUGAUUAAGCACAACAUUUAAAACAGUGGCUCCCGCAAUUAAGUGAGUGUUAUAAAAAUGUUUUUGUGGCUCUUAACUACCGCUUGUGCGCUUGCAAUAUUUUACAUAAAAUGGACAUACACAUAUUGGCAACGCAAGGGCUUCCCCUACCACGAACCGAAGAUACCCUUUGGUGUGCUAGAUGCAGUACGUAGGCGUGAAGCUUCCUUGGGCACUGCCAUCUACGAUGUUUAUCGCAGUAGCAAGGAUAAAGUGUUGGGCAUUUAUCUAAUUACACGACCCGCUUUGCUGGUGCGCGAUGCGCAAUUAGCGAGGGAUAUACUGUCGAAGGACUUUGAAAGUUUUCACGAUCGUGGCAUACAUGUAGAUGAUGAGGCAGAUCCACAAUCGAGGGGUGGCAUUUUCUUUCUUAAAGGACUGGAUUGGAGGAGUUUGCGUUUAAAGCUAACGCCAUCAUUUACGUCGGGAAAAUUGAAGGGCAUGUUUGACAAGAUCGAGGAUGUAGGUGAUAAAAUGGUGAACUUUUUGAAUACACAGUUGGCAGACGAAGGCGUUAUAGAGUUUGAAAUGAAGCACGUAAUGGGCACCUAUGCUAUUGAUAUCAUUGCAUCGGUGAUUUUCGGACUGGAGGUGAACAGCUUUGUUGAGCCAAGUAAUGAAAUACUAAAUGUGAGCAGAAAAGUCAACGAACCCACUUUGGGCAGUGUGGUGCGCGGCACAUGUCAGUUUCUAUAUCCCAGUUUGGAAAAGCUCUUCAUACGUUUGGGUUGGCGUGAAAAGGCACCCGAAAUGAUGAAGCAAAUCGUUAAACGUACCAUAGAAAUGCGUGAGGAGCAGAACAUUUCGCGCAAGGAUAUGCUUCAACUGCUCAUGCAACUGCGCAACAAAGGUCAAAUUAACGCUGAUGACAAUGAUUGGUCUGCAAAACCUACUGACAUAGUUGUGCCGAAACCCAUGUCCAUUGAAUUAAUUGCCACCAAUUUAUUUCUUUUCUACGUGGCCGGUUAUGAAACGACUGCCUCUAUCGCUUCCUUUACAGCCUUUGAAUUGGCGCAAUCGCCGGUUGCACUGGCAAAAGCGGAGCACGAUGUAAGGGAAGCACUCGCAAGGCACGAUAACAAAUUAACAUAUGUAGCGCUACAAGAUAUGAAAUAUCUGGAUCUCUGCAUAAUGGAAACUACACGCAAAUACCCGGGUCUACCUAUUCUCAAUCGUCAAUGCACGCACGACUACCCGCUACCAAAUAGUGAUUUGGUGAUCAAGUAUGGUACACCCAUUAUUAUUUCGCUGCUGGGUAUACAUCGUGAUGAAAAAUAUUUCCCAGGUCCAAUGCUUUGGGAUCCAGAACGAUUUUUGAAUGGAAAAUAUGAGCCAGCCGCUUAUAUGCCAUUCGGUGCAGGUCCCAGACAUUGCAUCGCACAACGUUUGGGUCGAAUAAUCGUAAAAAUCGCUUUAGCGAAGUUGCUGCUCAACUUUAACGUUGAAUUGAAUUCUGAGCGUAAAGAAAUCGAAAUCGCUAACUUUGGUGUGCCGAUUAUGGCCAAAGGUGGCAUAAAUGUACGGUUAUCGAAGCGAAAUCCGAUACAUUGCACUCCAGCUGCAAUCAGGACUGCAAUAUGUGAAUGCCACUACUCAAUACCCGUAUACAUACAUAUUUAUAUAAAGACUUUAUACAAACUUUCCUUCGACGCGUUCCACAUUAACGGUUGCGGCAAAUUUGUCUUGUGUCGAAAUAUGUUUUUAUUACUUCUAAUAGCCGUUUGUACACUCUCGUUUUUUUACAUUAAAUGGAUUUUCACAUAUUGGAAACGUAAAGGCUUUCCUUACCUUGAGCCGAAAAUCCCAUUCGCAGUAUUAGAUCCAGUCUUUAAGCGUGAAGCUGCAUUUGGCACUGCCAUUCUCGAUGUUUAUCGCAGCACUAAGGACAAAGUGUUGGGCAUCUAUCUAAUCACACGACCAGUUUUAUUAGUACGCGAUGCACAAUUGGCGAGAGAUAUAUUGGUGAAACAUUUCGAUAAUUUUCACGAUCGUGGCAUACAUGUCGACGAUGAAGAUGAUCCACAAGCCAGUGGUGGCUUGUUCUUUCUAAAAGGACAGGAUUGGAAGAGUUUGCGAGUGAAAAUGACACCGUUAUUUACGUCGGGAAAAUUAAAAGCCAUGUUUGAUACCGUCGAGGAUGUGGGCGAUAGAAUGGUCAACUAUGUGAAUGCACAGCUACCCGACGUUGGUUCAAAAGAAUUGGAAUUACGGCAUGUAACGAGCACCUUUGCUAUAGACAUCAUUGCUUCGGUGCUUCUGGGUUUAGAAGUGAACAGCUUUACAGAACCAAAUAACCCCAUAAGGAAUAUAAGUCGUAAACUAAACGAGCCAACGCUCGGCAGUGUGGUACGCGGUACAUGUCAACUGCUAUUUCCCAGUUUGGAAAAGCUCUUCAUACGUUUGGGUUGGCGUGAAAAGGCACCCGAAAUGAUGAAGCAAAUCGUUAAACGUACCAUAGAAAUGCGUGAGGAGCAGAACAUUUCGCGCAAGGAUAUGCUUCAACUGCUCAUGCAACUGCGCAACAAAGGUCAAGUCAACGACAAUGAUAAUGAUUGGUCUGCUAAAGCGACUGACAAAGGUACAUAAAUACAUAUAUUUUCUGAAGCUAGCCAAACUGUAUUUGCACCGUCCACAUUUACAGAUGCAAUGAAGCACAUGUCAAUUGAGACCAUUGCCUCCAAUCUGUUGCUCUUCUAUGUGGCUGGCUAUGAAACGACAGCGUCCACCAUUUCGUUCACCGCCUUUGAAUUAGCGCAAUAUCCUGAAGCACUGGAAAGAGCACAGCGUGAUGUAAGAGAAGCGAUUGAAAGGCAUGACAAUAAGUUUACUUACGAAGCGGUACAGGAUAUGAAAUAUCUGGAACUCUGCAUAAUGGAAACCACGCGUAAAUACCCCGGUCUGCCGAUUCUCAACCGCCAGUGCACGCAGGACUAUCAAGUACCAGAUAGUAAUUUGGUAAUUAAAAGUGGUACACCGAUUAUUAUUUCAUUAUUGGGUUUGCAUCGUGAUGAAAAAUAUUUCCCGGACCCUAUGCGUUGGGAUCCAGAUCGGAUUUUAAAUAAAAAUUACGAACCUGCCGCUUUUAUGCCAUUCGGAGAAGGACCCAGACAUUGCAUCGCACAACGUAUGGGUAGGGUUAAUGCAAAAGUCGCCUUGGCGAAGUUAUUGCUCAACUUUAAUAUCGAAUUAAAUCCUGUGCGGAGGGAAAUCAAAAUUGCUAACUUUGGUGUGCCGAUUAUGGCCGAAGGUGGCAUAAAUGUACGAUUAUCCAAGCGAAAUAACGAGACACAAAGCGCAUAGAUUUAAUAUAUUAUACUUGAGAUUUUCUAUGGUUUAAAAUAAUAUAUCAAUAAAAUUGGUAUUAUAAUAUGUUAAAUGAAA